AACAUAUUUUAGGGAAGAACCACUAAAAAGUGAUCAAUUGGGAUGAAGAUACUGUUUUUGUUUACGGCCAAAUUGGAUUUUUCGGCUAUGUGGCGUUCGGCCAAAUGUCCCGUAUGCGUAUAGAACCGUAUAACAUCUCGAGGAAGCUUUAAAAAGUUUCCCAAACCACGCAGAACGUUCGAGCUUUUGUAAUUCUGGUCUUGAAGAUCUUUAAAAUCAGCUGUAAUCAGUACAUCUUAUUUGCUAGUUCAUUAUACUAAUUAGUGUUCAAUCUAUUCUGAAGAGUUACACAGAAUUAACAUGUUUUCCAAUUCAAAAAAAUCAUAUCAAAUGUGGGACUAAUUUACAUCAAUGAACCAAUAAAACUUCACCUACCAUUACACCUUCGUUUGUUUUAUAAUGAUUAAAAUAUCUGGCAUACCUUUUAUUGUUCACGAACUAAAUAAACCUUGUUGUGGCAAAGUCUGAAAAAUUGCGCCUUCCUCAGUUUGUUGAGCUAAGGAGACGCAUGGUAAUUUUCUCUGGCUUAAUUGGUUGAAACGGAUUCAUCAUGAAUGUUGAAGGAAAACGAAGCAAAGUGUCUUCCUUCUCAACCUUACGUAUUAUGUCAACACAGUUUUUAAUUCAUCUAAUCAUCGUCAAUGGACUAUUUUAGUUUGUGCCUCUGGCGAAGGUUCUUACUCUAAAUAAAACCGUAGGACUAACUUUGGCGGUACACUCUUAUCACUUAAAAGCAAUAAAAAUUUGAAUCCAGCGAACAAUCGUCGCCAUCAUAAUGUGGGCAGUGACGCAUCCUGUGUUUCAAGGGACCUCGAACAAUAUAGGGCACUCCCCGUUGUGGGAAGAAUUUUUCCAUUUAAAUGGAAAUGGGUGGCUCUGGUGGCUGAGUAGUUGCAUUUUCGCUUGUGUGAAAGUCACAUCGCCAAUCUUUGAGCAGAAACAUGACACAUCAAUUCAAGCAGGAAGUCCUUGCCGAACACAACCGAAUACGUGCCCAGCACUCUGCUGAACCUCUAGUGUUGGAUGAAUCCAUGUGUCGGUAUGCCCAAUCCUGGGCCAAUCAGCUGGCUAGUAGAAAUACGCUUCAGCAUCGCACCGAGAAGAAAUACGGUGAAAAUCUGUACGCCCAGUUCGGGAAAACGCAAUGUUCCGGUGAGGAUGCAGUGCAGAGCUGGUACAAGGAGCUCAAGGACUACACUUUCGGUCAACCGGAUCCAGGCGUGAAGUUUUCCAAGGUCGGACACUUUACGCAGGUCGUUUGGAAGAGCUCGAAACGUUUGGGAGUGGGAAUGGCCAUCGCCAGUGGGGGUAAGGGAGUCUUCGUGGUGUGUAAUUACGAUCCACCAGGCAACUUCAAGAACCGUUAUGCGGAUAAUGUUGCGGAAAAAAGUGCCAACAAAUGAUUGAUAGUGAAUUCGUGGAAAAAAAAUAAUUCAUUCAAAUGUGUAAUAAAUAGAUCUGUUAUAUCGAAAAUGUAGUUUUAAAAUCAGACAAAGUUCAUCUUACACUCUCAUACUUACAUGAAAAAAUAGAACGAUUUCUGGAUCCUUUUGUUCAGCUUUAAAGAUAGUAAUAAACUGUACAAAAUUUGAAAAUAAUAAAAA